AUGGUUGCGCGACCACCAAAAGGAAGCGGUACGCCGACAAACGGUCGAUCAGGUACACCUGCGAUUGAUGAAGGACCUCAAACGAGCGCAGGUGGGACGUAUGCAUUAGAAGAUGUGACUGUAGGAAGUAAGAUUUUUGUAAAGAAGCCAGAUGUGGUAUCAGGAGAAGUGGAAGAACGUAAAGCGGAAAUUUUAUCAAUACGUGAAAAGCCAAAAGCAAGAAGGUUACGAAUCGAUCUUUCAUCAGAUAAAAAGGAUGAUCCUGCACCUGAACCUACGGCAGAAGAAAGACUGGAGUACUAUGUGCAUUACUCUGAAUUUAAUAAACGUUUGGAUGAAUGGGUAAGUGGUGCAAGAUUGAUCACUUCGCGCGAGAUUGAAUGGCCCAAACCAGGUGGAUCUUCAGGGGGUCAUGGACACGGCAGUCACGCUGGAAGCAAUGGAUCAUCUACAUCUACCAAUAGAAAAAAGACUGCAAGAACCAAUAGCGGAUCUGUCACUCCUGCCACGCCAGGUACACCUGCUACAGGAGCCAUCGGACAAAAGACGACAGCUUCGAAUAACCUUUUGAGGAAAGCUGCAUUGCAAGCACAAGCAAGUGCAGCCGCUGAAGCAGGCUCACCUUUGCGUAAACGGGAUGGAGAUUCUUCAGCCAUUGGUGAUGUCUCCGGCGAAGAUGGAGCUGUUGUUGCAAUGGAAAUGGUCGGAGAUGAAACACAAGAUGUAGGCGAUGAUACGAUCGAUAUCAGCUCUGCCGAGUCCUUGCAUCCAAACAGAAGACCGGAAGUGUUUAGCAAAGAACAAGAGAUUGAAAAGCUACGAACUUCAGGUUCGAUGACACAAUCGGUCUCAGAAGUUGCUCGAGUCAAAAACUUGAACAAGAUUCAAAUGGGUAAACACGAAGUGGAUACAUGGUACUUCAGUCCUUAUCCGAUCGAAUAUACUCACGUUGAAUGUCUGUAUAUUUGUGAAAUGUGUUUGGGUUACUUCCCAUCAAACUUUAUGCUCAAGAGACAUAGACAAAAGUGCACAGUCACACAUCCGCCCGGCAACGAAAUUUACCGACACGAAGAUGUGAGCUUCUUCGAGAUUGACGGAAGAAGACAAAAGGUUUGGUGUCGUAACUUGUGCUUGUUGUCAAAGUGUUUCUUGGAUCACAAGACGUUGUAUUAUGAUACGGACCCGUUCUUAUUCUAUGUGAUGGCGCAAAGAGAUGAUGCUGGUGCACAUAUCAUCGGGUAUUUCUCCAAAGAGAAGGAAUCAGCAGAGAACUACAAUGUCGCUUGUAUUCUGACUCUACCGCAACAUCAAAGGACUGGAUUCGGACGAUUGUUGAUCGAAUUCAGCUACGAAUUAAGCAAACGUGAACACAAAUUAGGCAGUCCAGAAAAGCCUUUAUCUGAUUUAGGAUUAUUAAGUUAUCGAGCUUAUUGGGCAGAAACGAUUGUUGAAAUGUUAUUGCAUACGGAAGAAGAUAUUUCGAUCGAAGAUAUUGCGAACAAGACGGCAAUCGUUCAUGCAGAUGUUUUACAUACUUGUCAAGCAUUGAAUAUGCUUAAGCAAUAUCAAGGUAAACAUUAUCUUGUUCUUAAUGACCAAGUGUUAGCCAAACAUGAUCGACAGAUGAAGAAAAAGAGAAGAAGAAUUCAUCCUGAAGCUCUUCAUUGGCAACCACCUAAAUUUUCACGGGAUCAACUUCGUCAGUUGUUAUAUUAAUGGAGAGUGUUAUUUAUCUCCUUGUUGUAUAUUAUCGAGAUGUGAAUAUUGUACAGUAGAAAUUCAUGAUAUUCUUUCGUCUGUCGAUACGAUCCUCACGGCUUUAUGAUGCCGAAUUAUGGGUAAGUAGGAUGCAAGAAUGCUUUUACAUGCGUCGGCUGUUCCUUAUGGUCAUCGGAUCAAUGUUCAAGUUGAAUGAGUAUCACUCCCGGUCUUCUUUCUCCUCUUC